GAAAGUGUCUACUCAGAUUCGACCGUAUUGAUCGAUUGCACGUAGCAGACUCCUCCUCCUCCUCCUCCUCCUGAAUAUUUUCUAGUGACUUUUGCCUUUUAUCAUUACACUUGCGUAGAUCUGAGGAUUUGACAUUUUAUACUUGGGCACUCCGUAAUCAUCCUAAUCCAUAUGCUGGCCCCUCCUUGGCCCUUUCCCGUCCCUUGUUCAAUCUGGAAUCUUGCAGUUAUUUGAGGGAGAAUGACUGGUCCAUAACAGUCAAUAGGAAAGCGCUACGGAGAAAUAUCUCAUUCUUUUUUUUUUUCUCUUCUCUCUUCUUUAGACCUUUAGGGCCAAGCGACGUGUGAACAUCCCUCCCAUACUUACUUUUAGUCUUUUACUAGGUAUCUAGGUACUCCACCACUCACUCCACCACUCUCUCAAUUCAUCCCUCCAUUCCUUUUCUUAAACCACCCCCUCUCCCUCUCCCUCUCCCUCUCCCUCUCCCUCUUAUAAGUCCAAAUUCUUUCCCUCCUCCAUCUUACCACUUGCUCUCCAACCUCUUCACAAAACCUAAUACACAUCUUGAGGAGUGUGUACGAAAGUUGGUAAAAUUUAUCGUUGAGCCUUCUUUAAUUCUAUCCCACCAAAACCUCAACAAAUUUGGUCGAUUCACUUCAGACGGCUACAAUCUUGUCACUCCCUAUUGCCUCGAACAUCGAAGUGAUAAUUUCCUUCGAAUUCUCAUUCUUUUUCUCUUAAUUUCGAGUCUACAAAAAUUACAACACCAUGGCCUCUACCACUGCUCUCCCAAAGCGCACCGCCGUUCAAAGAACGGUGACCUCCUCCACUGCCGAAUCAGCUCCCUCGACAGCUGCCGGUUCCCCCAAUGAUACCCCAAGACAAUCCCCCUCGUCUACUUCUCUGUCAUCUAUGUCAUCUCUAGGCGAAGAUGUUAAGAGCACCAAGCCAUAUGGCAAACUCAUCGAUACUUACGGAAACGAAUUUGAGCUUCCAGAUUAUACCGUCAAUGACAUCCGUAACGCAAUUCCAAAGCAUUGUUACGAGCGAUCUGGAGUAAGGGGUUUGGCUUAUGUUGCUCGCGAUAUUGCCAGCUUAGCCACCACAUUCUUCCUCUUCAACAAAUACCUUACACCAGAAAACGUUCCCUCAACUCCAGCGCGCGCUGUGCUGUGGGCUUUAUACACCGUUGUUCAGGGUUUGUUUGGUACUGGUCUCUGGGUUCUUGCUCAUGAGUGUGGCCAUCAAUCUUUCUCGACUUCAAAGGUCUUGAACGAUACAACUGGGUGGAUCUGCCACUCUGCUCUUCUCGUCCCAUACUUUUCAUGGAAGAUCUCUCACGGCAAGCAUCACAAAGCUACUGGCAACAUGGAGCGUGAUAUGGUUUUCGUUCCAAAGACCCGUCAAGAUUAUGCUACCCGCGUCGGCAAGUUCGUUCAUGAGCUUCACGAGCUCACCGAGGAGACUCCAAUCGCAACUCUUAUUCACUCCAUCGGACAACAACUUGCUGGCUGGCCUUUGUACUUAUUCAUGAACGUCACCGGUCACAACAACCAUGAGCGUCAACAUGAGGGUCGUGGAAAGGGUAAGGUCAACAGUUUCUGGACCGUCAGUCACUUCAACCCAGCCAGUCCUCUUUAUGAAGCUAAGGAUGCCAAAUUGAUCUUGUUGAGUGAUCUCGGUAUCGCCAUCACCGCCGCUGUCCUUAUCAUGCUUAGCAAGACAUACGGAUUUUACAACAUGGCUAUCUGGUACUUCAUUCCAUACCUCUGGGUAAACCACUGGCUUGUUGCUAUCACCUUCCUCCAACACACCGACCCAACUCUUCCUCACUACUCUGGCGAGAGCUGGAACUAUGUUCGUGGAGCCGCAGCAACCAUCGAUCGUGAAUUCGGAUUCAUCGGACGCACUCUUCUUCACGGUAUCAUCGAGACCCACGUUCUUCACCACUACGUCAGCACCAUUCCUUUCUACCACGCCGAUGAGGCUACCGAGGCCAUCAAGCCUAUCAUGGGUCGUCACUACAGAGCCGAUGUUCGAGGCGGAUCCCUUGGAUUUUUGAAGAGCUUGUGGUCCAGCGCUCGUUGGUGCCAGUGGGUCGAGCCAUCUGAGGGUGCUGAAGGUGAGGGCAAGAAGGUAUUCUUCUUCCGUAACCGCAAUGGACUCGGUACACCACCAAUGAAGCUCAAGGCAUAAAUUGAGUAUACGAAGUGCUCGUAAACUCAAACGUUGGUGGAGGGAAUUAGCUCAAAAGUAACGGGGGGCCUGUGGUGAUUUAUCUGCUUUUACAUUUGUUGAAUUUCUGGGGGACGGGGUGUUAGGAGGCGCAAAAUAACUUUCAAGCUACGAAACCAUUUUGCACGUUCGCUCGCUGUAAUACGCAUCGAUCAAUGUGGUAGUCGGAAACGACGACUUACUGUUUCUCCUUUCUGUAUCCCGCGCUGCAAGUUAGAGCUAGAAGAGAAUGGCUAGAUUAAAAACCAAGAAAUGAAAAUUUAUGAAUGAAUAACCUUUAUA